UCACAUCAAGUGGGUUGAGUUUCAAACUGAGGUUGUGGUUAAAUUCUUUACUCAUGUCUCAGAUUGCUUUUAGGAAGUUACUCUGAAACAAAAUGCAGUGUGAUGGUGUCAGGCAUCACGUCUUGUGAAGUUCUUGUGAAGAAAACAUUUUUGUAGACUGAAACCUGUAAGUGGCAUUAGAGUGAAUAGUGCAGGAGGAAACUCAGACACGUCGAGAUGGUAAAAAUAGACGAGUUCUUUCGGGAGUUCGAGUGCUGUAAGGUGGAAAGUUUGCAGAGUGAAGCGAUAUGAUAGGACGUCUGUGUGUGUUAUUGCGAGGGUGGUGUGAGUCGAAGCAUAGUGUGUUUUUGGGAAUAGUACUUCCUCUCACAGUUAAGUUUCUGCCUCCUGAUUUACCUCAUCGGUUGGGGAGGAGGAUCUGAUAAGCCGUGGAGCAAAAACAGCACUCCAGCUGUGAUGAGUUAUAUCGGAGCUCCCCUUAUUCAAAUUAUUCGGAUACUCAGCGUUUUGACACAGCAUGUGACACGCCGACUUCAUCAUUUUCUUGAGAUUUGACUCGCCGAAAACCUGGACAAUCAACUGCAUCUUUAAAAUGAGACCAAGUUGAUAAUCAGCUCGUCCUUGCUCAGCCACAACCAGAGAACCACGGCAUUCCGGCAUCCAGUGACGGGACAGAUAUCUCUGGAAAACACGGAUUUCAUCGUUCAGGAACUAGGGAAUUCCCACAUGUCAAAACCGGCAUCAGAGCCGAGACCCCCCAGCAUGGUCAGCGAGUCCUCUGUAGCCGUCACCUCGUCCGUUGUGGACGCACCCUCAGGACUCAAGUCUUUAAAAUCCAGUGGAAGAAUGCACAGCUUUGGAAAAAGAGAUCAUGCCAUCAAGAGGAACCCGAACAUCCCUGUAGUCGUGAGAGGAUGGCUGUACAAGCAGGACAGCUCAGGAAUGCGGCUGUGGAAGAGGAAGUGGUUUGUGUUGUCGGAUUACUGCCUCUUUUACUAUAAAGACAGUCGAGAGGAGACGGUUUUGGGGAGCAUCCCGCUGCCGAGCUACGUCAUUUCCACAGUGGAGCCUGAAGACCACAUUAGCCGCAAGUUUGCCUUUAAGGCGAGUCAUACAGGCAUGCGCUCGUACAUUUACAGUAAAAACUCUGUGAUUGGCUCACAGGCCGAGCAUGGCGGCAUGAGGACCUACUUCUUCAGUGCAGACACGCAGGAGGACAUGAACGGCUGGAUCCGAGCCAUGAACCAAGCAGCCCUUAUGCAGAGCCACAGCUUAAAGAGAGAAACUCCAAAAUUUGAGCAGCAGGCUAUGCCUCAGACCAAUCACAUGACAGCAAGCAGCAACAGCACUGCCCACGCUGAUGUCCUGCACCAAUCAGGGUGGGCGGAGGUGACAGAGCGAGAGCCCAGACAUGAGCAGGAGGUAGAGGCACGUGUGGAAGUUCCGGUAAAAAUUGUCUACGCAGGAAAUGGAGAUGCAAACGGUGUUUCUCUGGAAUCUGGAGCUCCAACUCGAAGCUCAUCAUCCAUUGCUGCUCAGAGGAACGGUACACACAGCGAGCAGAAUGGUGGCAUGGUGUAUCAGAGGGCUGUCACAGCCCGGGCAGACACAGAGAAACAUGUGCAGAGGAAGACGGCAUUGGCACAGGUGGAGCACUGGGUCAAAGUUCAGAAGGGAGACCCUAAAAGCCAUCCUGUCACAGAGUACACUCUCCCCAGACGCACUCCUCCCCUCCAACCCAAGCUGGUUGUGACCGAGUCGUACCAGUCUCUCCCGAAGAACGUUCGUCGUCCGUCCACAAGCUCUCCCCCAGUGGCCCGCGACAUACCCAGCGACUAUAAGUAUGCCCACGAUCGUCUCAGCCACUUUCGCAUGUCAACAGAUGAACGUAUGGCCGCUAAAGAGGGCAUGGUGUGGCAGCUUUACGAGUGGCAGCAAAGGCAGCGCUUUCGUCACGGUGGUCCUGCAGCUCCACCUGUCUUCACCAUACCCGACUAUGUGGACGCAUCUUCCUUCAGGGUGAUGCUGGAGGUCCCGCGCUCAGUGUCCGUGCCUCCUUCACCAUGCGAAGUACCGCCCUCCAAACUUGCAUCGCCCCGUAGACCUCACACCCCCGCAGACAGAGUGACAGUACGACCCAUGGAUGAAGUAUCGAGCGUAGAUGUGGUACGGUCCGCCUCACCAAGGGCCGUUUCCAAGCCAGUACAAAUAGAGAGAAGAUCAAUGCCAAUGAUGGGCUACAUCACACACACCGUCAGUGCACCAAGCUUACAUGGAAAAACGCCAGAGGAGCUGACCCUGCUCCUCGUCCAGCUCAGGAGACACCAGGCCAAGAUGGCCGACGCAUUCGCUCACCUCCACAACGACGGGCUCUCGGGCCCAAGCCUGCAGGCAGAUGAUACCUACAUGCAGCUGAAGAAGGACCUGGAGUAUCUUGACCUGAAGGUCACAGGAAGAGACGUGUUAGGGGACUGCAGAGUUCCACGGCCGGUUAAAAUUGCCGAAAGCGAUGUUGACGUGAAGUUGAGCAGAUUGUGCGAACAAGAUAAAAUUCUUCAGGAGCUGGAGACAAGGAUUCGCACACUCAAAGAGGACAAGGAUAAGUUAGAAUCGGUUCUAGAUGUGUCCCAUCAGCAGAUGGAGCAGUACCGGGACCAGCCGGCCCAUGCCGAGAAAAUUGCCUAUCAGCAGAGGCUGCUGCAGGAAGACGUUGUGCACAUCAGAGCCGAGAUUUCUCAAGUGUCCACGGAAAUGGAGAAGGCAUGGAUGGAGUACAGUAGGCUGGAGGCGGAUGUGGAGAGAUUGCGCACAGCAUUGCGGGAGCAGAUGAACCGCAGCAUCCUCUCAAAGCAGGAGAAAGGCCAGCUGAGGAAGGAGCUGUGGCGCAUCGAGGAUGUGAUGGCAGGUCUGAGCUUGAGCAAAGCCAACUACAAAAUGAUCGUGGAUUCGGUGCAGAACCCAGAGAGGAAACUCGUGCCUUCAGAGUUGUCUCCAUCUGUGCCUUCUAUUCUGGUGGGAGAACCGAAACCGGCUCAGGCGAGUCCUCACCUCAGUCCAGUGCAGCCUCAUGUUCAGACCUUCCAGUUCUCCCAAAGUCUCCAAAAGCCAGGAUGGGCUGAAGAAGAUGCUCCACCCAGACCUCCUCUCCCCCACCUCUACAGUCCCGAUGACCACCCUCCGGCUGUCCCACCCCUUCCCAAGGAGACCUCCGUCAUCCGCCACACAUCCGUCCGUGGCCUCAAGCGUCAGUCCGACGAGCGCAAACGUGACCGUGAGAUUGGACAGUUUCCUAAUGGGGAAAAGUUGGAACUCCGAGCGUUCCUCAGUGAACCUGAACUUCUGGGAGUCACAGGACAGACAAUUGGUUUGGGGCAAGAUGGAGGCUACCAGACCUUACCAAGCCGAGGUGUAACAGGUUCUUCAUCCAGGCUCCAUCAGUCUACAAGCAUCUCCUCUUAUGUCACUCUGAGGAGAGGAACUGAUACGUCCAGCUUAAUGGAGAGACCAAAGAGUGCCUUGGAGCGUCUGUACUCAUCCGAAGCGCCGCUUCCACAGCAGCAGCGAGGUCGCAUGAGUGCUGAUGAGCAGCUGGAGAGGAUGAAGCGCCACCAAAAGGCACUAGUACGAGAACGCAAGCGCACACUGAGCCAGGGCGAGCGGCAGGCCUCUUCAUCUCGCCCUCCUUCCUCUUCCUCGCGACCUGUUUCCGCAGACCUGGGAUCAUGGAGGCGUGAGCAGGAGUUUGAUAUGCAGUUGCUGGAGCGAGCUGUACAGGGUGAGGAGAAGGAGAUGGUGUUGGAGCGUACGGAGAGACAGCGCUCACAUUCAGACGAGUGGAUCACGCUUCAUUCGAACCCUCGCCGAGAACUCGACCUGGAGCCACUCGAUUAUCAGUUGGACCUCACCAAGGAGCUGUCGAAGCCUGACAAGGUUCUCAUCCCUGAGCGUUAUUUGGACCUGGACCCAGAAGAGCCACUCAGUCCUCAGGAGAUGGAGGCACGGCACCGCAAGGUGGAACGCAUAAAGAGCAUCCUGUCUAAGUCCAGUGUGCAGAACAUUCCGGGUGUGGAGAAGCCAGUGCUUUUGGAACUGGACUCAGCUCUGCAGGAUCAGGAGAGGAUCAUCACUAUGUCAUAUGCUUUGGCCUCCGAGGCUUCAGUCAAGAGCAAGCAGGUGGCAGUUUCUCCGGAGGUUAACAGCCCCACUAUGCUUCCUCCACCUCCUCUUCCGCCUCCUCCUCCUCCUCUCCCUCCUUCUGCUGUCGCUCCUGUCGUGUCCUCCCCUCAAACUCUUCCUCCUCCUCCACCUCUAAGCAAUGGAUUUCACUACACCUUUGUCUAAUCAGAGCAAACAAAAGUAAGAUACUAACAUGCUAACUACUUUACCGCACUUCUGCAUUUCUGCUAAUUGUUUCCCUAGCGUGCAUGUGUGCAUGGCGUGUGCGGGUGUAUGUGUGUUAACACUUUGUGUGCAUGCCUGAUUAUGCAUGACUCUAUGAGAAGACAGAGUUUCUCUCCCCUUCCAAGCAGCCAGCUGCCUCCACAUCUGGAGCAGAAACAGUGUGUGAAUUGUCUGUUAAUAGCCUUUUGUGAGGCACAAACAAAUGGCUUUUUUUCUGUCAAUUGUGUAAUUAACAAAGAGCUGCAGGUUCCUAUGGGUUGCACACCUUCUUCAUGCUGCCAAACACCAGUUGCUUUGCCAUCUGUAAAGCUCCAGAAGUGAUUAGAGCGAGUAACACAGGAAUGAUAUGUGCAGUGUCUUUACAGUUGCCCUGCUGUUAGAAACACAUACCAGUUCCUGUUUCUGUGUGUGUGUAUGUGUGAUUGUGUGUGUGAUUGUGUGAGAUGAGUUUUUCAGCACUGAUCAGCUAUUACAAAAAAAAAAACAUUGAAAAAAAUGAAUAUCAUUGUGUCAGUUCUGAAAAUUGACAUGUUACAAGCAGGAAAAAUGGGAAAAACAUCAGGAUAUGUGCUACUUUGUCAAAAACCCAAAUUCUGAUGUCUAGAUGACUGGGUCAGAGCUUCUUGUGGGGUUUUCCGGAUGCAGUUGUUAUUACCGCCCAAAAGUGCUGCAGGGAAUUAGAACAGGUGAACAGGAGACAGGGUUCCAUGAGCGCUUGAUUCUUACUGAUGCAUGCGAGGAGCAAAGAAUUUGUCUGUCUGAUCUGAUCCCAUAGAAGAGUUACUGCAGCACAGAUUGCUGAAAAAGUUCAUGUUGGCUCAUGUUAGAAUGGAGUUAGAACUCACAGAGAGGGUAUCCGGCUCCUACAGGACAUCAGAACUUGACCAUGGAGGAAUUGAAGACGGCCUGGUUUGAUUAAUCAUAUUUUCUUGUACAUCAUGUGCUUUAUUUACCUGAGGAAGAGAUGCCACUGUGCUAUGGGACGAGGCAAUGUAAUGCCCCAGAUGAUGUUCUUCUAGAAAACCUUGAAUGCUGUAAUUCAUUGGAUGUUAUUUUGGAAGUUGCAUCCCACCUGUCUAAAAAUUGAUGCAAAAAAAAGUUAGAACCUUUAAGGGCAAUAGCAAUUCUUAUAGACUGGUCUUUUUCAGCAGGAUAAUGUUACCUGCACAUCCACACAGAAAAAUAAUUGUUCAUGAAUAGUUUGGUAGACUUGACAAAGUCUAGUAGUCCACUAAGUCCAGUAGUAGUUCGGCCUCCAACUUCCAGAGAUCCAAUCGGAUAAAGCUUCUGUGGGAUGGGUUGGACAAACAUGUCUGAACCAUGAAGACUUCAACUCACAACCAUUACAUUUAUAGAAUUUGACAGACUUACAACUGGGCAGUUGAGGGUCGUUCUCAAGGGCCAAACAGUGGCAGUUUGGUGGUGCUGGGAUUUAAACUUGUGACCCUCUGAUCCAGAGCCCAAUGCCUUAACCACUGAGCUGCCAACUCUCUUUAAAGGAUCUGCUGCUAAUUUACUAAAAUACUGUAUGAAGCACAGAUUUAAAGGUCCUGUGGGGUCCAAGAGACACAGGGGAGAAGUACAAGAUAUUGGGCAAAUGGUUUUAAUGUUAUAGCUAAUUAAUGUAUAAAUAUAAAAUUACAUAAAUCUAUAAGAUGCAGUUUUAUUACAGUGCCUAAGAUGGAUUUUUGAUGAACGUAUAUAGUUGUUGAUCUUUUCUUUCUGAUUCUUUCUUUCUUUCUUUCUUUCUUUCUUUCUUUCUUUCUUUCUUUCUUUCUUUCUUUCUUUCUUUCUUUCUUUCUUUUUUCCUUUAUUCCUUCCAAAUAGGUAUGCUAUAAAUGAACAAAAUAGACAUGAAUGUUGUGCGCAGUGAUUUAAAAAUUAUUGUGUGCAUGGCAUGUGUGUGUCUGUGCAUGGUGUGUCUGUGUGUGAGUGUGUGUGUGUGUGUGUGUGUGUGUGUGUGUGUGUGUG